UGCAGGGUGGAGGCUUCCUGAUCCCAGGGCUGAAGGAUGGCGGCCUUUGCCCGCCUGCUGGAAUGUCUCCUUUGGUCAGCUCGCAAAGAACAGGAGGCAGAAGAGGAGGAGGAGGAGGGACGGAGGACUCACGACGGGCCUCGGUCGCUCCUGGACGCGCCGCGAUGCUUCCAGCGGCCACACGGGGGUGCGGCCGCGUCUUGGGGACUGCGCUUUGGGGCGAGCGCUGUGCAGGGCUGGCGCGCGCACAUGGAGGACGCGCACUGCGCUUGGCUCGCUCUGCCCGGGCUACCCCCAGGCUGGGCUUUCUUCGCGGUCCUCGAUGGCCACGGCGGGGCGCGAGCCGCCCUCUUCGGCGCGCGCCACCUGCCUGGCCACGUGUUUGAGGCGCUGGGCACCGCGCCCGACGAGCCCGAGGGAGUGCGCGGGGCGCUGCGUCGAGCCUUCCUGAACGCAGACGCACGCCUGCGUGCGCUCUGGCCUCGUGGCGAGCCGGGGGGCUCCACCGCCGUGGCGUUGCUCGUCUCCCCGCGUUUUCUGUACCUGGCGCACUGUGGUGACUCCCGAGCGAUGCUGAGUCGCGCCGGCGCUGUGGCCUUCAGCACCGAGGACCAUCGGCCUCUCCGGCCUCGGGAACGCGAGCGCAUCCACAACGCGGGAGGCACCAUCCGCCGCCGGCGCCUCGAAGGCUCUCUGGCGGUAUCCCGGGCACUGGGCGACUUUGCUUACAAAGAGGCUCCGGGAAGGCCUCCUGAGCUGCAACUCGUUUCCGCGGAGCCUGAGGUGACCGCCCUGGCUCGCCAGGCCGAGGACGAGUUCAUGCUAUUGGCCUCUGACGGUGUGUGGGACGCGAUGUCUGGCGCUGCCCUGGCGAGACUGGUGGCAUCGCGCCUCUGCCUGGGCCUGGCCCCGGAACUUCUCUGCGCGCAGCUAUUGGACACGUGUCUCUGCAAGGGCAGCUUGGACAACAUGACCUGCGUCCUGGUCUGCUUCCCCGGGGCCCCCAGACCUUGUGAGGAGGCAAUCAGGAAGGAGCUAGCGCUGGACGCAGCCCUGGGCCGCAGGGUCUCUGGAGCCCCCCAGCCUGAACACGGUUUUCAGGACUCUGGCCUCAGAAGACAUCCCAGAUUUACCUCCUGGGGGAGGGCUCUACUGCAAGUGAGUCGGGAUGCGGUGAGGUGGAAUGGGGGGAUGGGGUACCAGAAGGAGGAUCCCCACCUGAGGGUCUCUCUCUGCUCUCCAGGGUCGCUGUCAUUGCUGAAGCUUAUUCUCGGCUCUGCCAGGCCUCAGGAGGGCGCUGGCAGAAGGGCCCAAAUGGGGCCAGAAAACCCACUGGCACCCAUUCAAACUCUUCCUUGGACUUGGAGGCCUGACAGCUGUUGCCCUCUGGGGAUCCUCUGCCACUUGGGGCCUCAAGGUCACUAAGGAAGAAAACUCCCCUUCCCCAGCUACACAGAUCGGCGGAAGGAAGACCAACCGAUGGAGGAACCCCAGAAUGUUUAUUUCCCCUUCUCCUACUUCCCUCUCGCAGAAAGUCUCAUGAGAGGGGAAAUUCCACUCACCAUCUGAAAACAAAAAACAAAAAUCAAACCACCCCAAA